CGUUCUGUCGUCUGCGAUCUUCGUUGUGCCACCGUCUGUGUUGUGUGCUUCUGAGUCGUCCCUUCAUUUGCAGCUUCUCACGCAAGGUAUACCUUCGUUACGAAGCGUCCUUAUUCUCAGCAACGAAUGCGCGUGAGCGGCGGUUGGAAAUCAGCACCUACAGGUAUCGAGACAUUUUGCAGCAUGAGGCGGUGACUUGCCUCGAGUGACAGUCGAGAAUACAGCGGCUUCUAGUUGAGAAGAAAAGUGAUUAGACUGAGUGAAAGUUAUCUGCCGAGUUUUAGACGGAGAUUUGGUGCGAUAAGCUCGCAGCAUUUUGGCCUUUCGGAAGAUAACCUUGCGUUCCGAUCGCCAGCAAGUCAUGGAUCAUUGUCGCGUUCUGCAUGCGGUCUGGACUUGAUAUUUCGUGCGGUUUUUCGUGCAAGCACGCAUUCACGAAAGGCUUGACGACACCGUCUGGCAGCCCUUCCGCAGUGCUUCACCCGCUACGCUAAAUACGGUGCGAGGACACCGAAGAUGGAGUACGGUUCGCGGGCCCCUCCACCCCGACAACGUCGGGUCACCAACACCCACUCCCGCUUCCUCAUGGAAGCAGCUCAACGAAAAGCCAUGAUGGCAACCUUCUUCCGAAACGGAGAUCCUUUUAGUUCCGGCGUUAAGGUGUCCAUCAACCCGGGACGCGACUUCCGAAGCAUCGAAAACCUCUACGACUACCUCUCUCAACGCCUCAACGUCAGUAACGGCGUCAGGUUCAUUUUCACGACCGACGGCAAGAAGAUUGGAGCGCUGGACGAACUAGAAGACGGUGUUGCGUACGUUGCAUCUGGGACGAAGGCGAUGGUGCCCAUGGCGUACGGACAACUAAGCAGGGGCCGCGCCCUGCAAGACGAUCCCAGGAUCAUACAACCCGUCGGCAACAGAGGAGUUCUCGGCAGGAGGAACGGUUGGAGCAGGACGUCGUCUCAGCCGGGGUCCGGCGGCCGGGACAGUACGAGGGUUAUCACCGUCGUCAACUCGGCGGACAGUGACAUUAGUAGCAGGGUGCUGCUGAACCUCAAGACUGAGCAGACCUUCGAGGAUGUCCUCAGAGACUUUGGGGACGCCCUCAAAAUGAAAGAAGUGAGGAUAAUGAUGACUCCCAAGGGGGAAGUGGUCCGGAGUUUCUCACAGCUGAAGUACGACCUGAAAGACGUGGAUACUUUCUACCUGGAACCAGCCGACGACGGCCGGACCUCUAGCCUGAAGAGGCACAGCCGGUCGCUUCACUCGUUGGGCAGUCAACAUGCAGAAGAAGAAGAAGAUAAGGCUUCCCAGACACGCCCGGACAGUGCCAAAACCAUCUCGCGUACAGGAAGCGCGCCGAGUUUAGACGAUGUGCCCCUGGGAGGUUCUCCAGAUGUAGACGUCCGGAAUGGCUUUGAGGGGAACGAAGGAGACGGUGCAGGAGAUGACGAGGAUGACGAAAUUCGAAAAUCAUUAGAGGAUCUUCUAGCAGCCAGCAUAGAAGGCAACCUUCCAGUUGAAGAGCCUGUAACUAGUCCUCCACCCGUCAAUGGGCGAGCGACGUCAACAGAUGACGCCGAGACAGAUCCUGACCCUGUCCUGGACGAUAUCCUGGGCAACGGUUCAAACCCUACCCUUAAUUCCACGCCUGGAAGUCCCGUGCACAUGGAAAGGGCGGAACCCGGUUCACAAGCCGUCAGUACCGCUACGUCCACAAACAGGUCUUCUCCCACGUCGAAUGAAACGUCUUCGUCCAAUAGCCAUAACGCUAGGACGACGCCGAGGCCUGAUCGACGGCCUGAGAUAAUCUGGAUACACGGUUACAAAGGCUAUGGUUCAUUCAACAACCUUCAUGUCGUUCAAAGCGGAGAUCUCUUGUACAACGUGGCCUCAGUUGCCGUACUGUUCAGUAGGUCGAAGCAUCAGCAACGUUUCUACCUGGGCCACACGGAAGACAUCGACUGUAUCACGUACGACUAUAACGGAGACGUUGCAGCCUCUGGACAGGGACCUGGAUUUACGGGCUCUUCACGGGCCCACAUUCGUCUAUGGAGAGCUGAAACACUAGAAACGAUAGCCGUGCUGGGCGAAGACAUUGUCAGCGAUGGCGUAUCAUGCCUGACUUUCUCGUCUGAGGGCACACUGCUGGUAGCGGUGGACGCGUGUCCUGACCAUGAAUUGACGCUUUGGGAUUGGAAGAACAGUGCCUUGCUAGGAAGAGCCGUGGCAUGCUCUACUCCAGUACUGGGGUGUAAGUUUCCUCCGGGCGACGAAGAACUGUUCCUCACUUUCGGUGUUCAGCAUCUCUGUUUCUGGCGGAGGGGCAAGGAAGGGUACCUGGACCGACUAGACGCAAUAACAUCUGAGCAUGCACCGAAAACGAUCACAGCGGUAGAGUUUCUGGGAGGAGUAGGCUUUGUCACCGGUGAUGACGCGGGCUACAUCACCGUCUGGUCGUCAUCCAAAGAAGGCAACUACUUUUUCAUCAGCAAGGAGUACAAAGGGCAUGAGGGUGACGUCAACGUCCUGCUCCAUCUUCCACACGGAGUUUUACUUUCCGCAUGCUACAUGGAGAGGGAAGAGCAGAUCAAGGCGUGGGAUUCGGAGAGGAAGUAUCAGAGGAUUGGAGUGGCUUCGCUACCAAAAGGCACCGGAGGCGUACAUGCGGUGUGCCAGCACCUACCGAAAGCCGCUGACGAAAACAUAUUCGUUGGCACGACGCACAACCUCAUCAUGGAGGGUUCCUUCAAGCGGAAGUUCCGACCCGUUAUCCAGAGCCACUGCAGAGAAGCAACAACUGUCGUCGCAUCACCCUUUGAAAACGUCUACUACACGGUCGGCAAGGACCGCGCCGUCUGCAAAUGGAGUAUCACGAACCUGGUCUGGAUGACACCAACCGAGUCCGAGUGCCUGUCAGCAUCUAUGCACCCAUCUGGCAUGACCCUGGCUGUAGGAUGCUUGGACGGCACUCUAGCCGUCUUCACUACCGAGACUGGAGCACUUAUAAAGUCCAUCACAGUUGCUGCGAGUCCUGUCAGCGCUUUGGCAUAUGCACCAGAUGGUAUGACGCUAGCAGUCGGUGCAGAGGACGGUUCCAUCCACCUGGUCCUGGUUCAAGAUCAUGGCCAUACGAAUCAGAAGGGAGAGACAAUCCGAGGCCGCGACCUGAUAGUGAAUUUGGAUUGGUCCAUGGACAACCGGCUCCUGCAGGUCAUCACCAGUGAUGGCCAGUACCAGGAGCUUCUAUGUUGGGACACACAGAGCUUAAAGACCAAGUCACCCACACUGACAAGGGUAGAGUGGCAGCAUCUCACUUGCACUCUGAACCCGGACAUAACAGGCGUUUGGGACAACGAACACCUUAAAGGUGUCGUCAACUUGACCUGCAACCAGUCGCACGGCAAAAAUUUAAUCGCCGUCGGUGAUCGAGGAGGCUUCCUGAGAAUAUUUCGUUACCCUUGCACUAGUACUAAGGAUGGUUUCACCGAGCAGAAAGCUAGCUCGGCUCCCGUCAGUUGCGCUCGAUUUCUCUACAGUGAUAAGUACCUGGUCACGCUGUUGGGACACAGUGGCUACUUCAUCGUCUGGAAAAUGGUCUCCAAGCAUCCGCGAAGUAGUGCCCUGGCAACGUAAAAGUACCUGACGCGUCUAUGGUAGUUGUUAUCAUAAAACAAAGAGAGACCAUCGAGGGAGGAAAUUGUAAAUAGAGGGCAGCACCUGCACAGAUACAAGAAAACACUAGAUGCUCAUAACUCAUCCUCGUGAUAAAAAAAAAAAAAGCGAGCUCAUCUUUAGGAUCAUCCACUUGGUCAUUGUCGCUGUUCUCGUUGAGAAGACUACAAGUCGCCUUCAUCGUGAUGCUCAUCCAGGCAUACUUCAGAAGGACACGAUAACACCUUUUAGAAAGGUCGUAGAGGCUCACUGCAGACAAUGCAGCAAUACUAGUCCGGUGUACUAGGCACACUGAGCAGCAUUUAGUCCGUGCACCCGUGCAAUUCGAUACUCAGACCCGAUAGGGAUGUGGGACCAUUUUACGAGGAGUGUAGGGUUGAGAUGUGAUAACGCGAGAUUGAAACGAUAAUAUUUUGAUGACUGUAGCAAUGAAAAUUGAAGUGAUUAAGUGCAUUUACAAUAUAUAUUUGUGAGAAGUUUAGGAGUGUACGACUAGUCAGAACCAUUUUUUUUUGUUAUCUGUUUUGGAUUCGAUAUAUGCGAUAUUCGAUUUUUUUCGAACACUGCAUUAUCUGCGGAUACGCCUACAGGGGGUGGAAAGAGAACCUUUGCAGCUGUUUCUGGCAGUGUCUGCGUACCAUGCGAUUGUGAAGGUUUCUUGAAGAUGAUGACUUCUUAUUUUUGUUAGGGCCCCAGAAUGGGCUGUGUUAUUAUCAUGCAAGGGUGACCAUUUCAAAUUACUCUGGUUUCACCGUAAAGCUACAAGCAUAAACGAGUAAGCUUCUAGCUAUACGACAUUUCCCUUACGCGUUUCCUGGGGUCCGAGCAAGAGGCGUAACCCGUUUCUGCUACCUCCGAAACAGACGACAAAGUCGCCUUCGGUUUUGUCGUUGUCGUCUGCAAAAAGUCAUUCCAUGCAGACGUGCAGGAACACCUCUAAAGCUUAACUUGCGGACUCCCUAAAGUCGUGUUCAACUUAAGAAAUAUAAAUACAUGUACUUAUAUACAAACUUCAAACAUGUAUUUAUAAUUAUAUUUAAGUACCAAGGGUAUUUAUUUUUGUAAAUACUUCAUAAAUACUCCUAAAUACGCAAGAUACUGACUCAUAUCUUGAAGUUACCCUGCAUUUGACCUUUUGGUAAGAAGGGCAAAGCAAAGCUUAAAUAGCCGCGCAGUUAUGCUGUUUUCUUUUUUUUUCAAGCACUCACAUGUGACAAACCAAAUUUGAUGGCCAGUUUUUGACUGUUGUUGUGGAAAACGGCGAGGGCUACCCGAAUACCUUGUUGUACGGAGCAUCUUCGUCAAAUUUCAUACAAGCCUUCCUUCAUCGGCACCUGUAGAGAGGUGUUGUACUUUGCGAACCUGAUUCUACGUGCCGAACAGAAGAUGCCUAGAAGAUGCAGUCUUCGAGAGGCUUCUAAUAUUAAAAUCGCCAUGAUAAUGUAACAAAUAAAUGCUAUUGUUCCUUGCUGAUUUGUUGUUAUGAUCAUCAGUACGAUUAUUUCAGUAAUUCCAGGUGACGUCUUCCCCACAGUAUUUAUGGUAGCAGUUACGGUAUUUAAAUACUGUAUUUAUAUUUUGUAUUUAAAUACUCAUAUUGAAAAGUAUUUAUAUAUAUAUAUAUAUAUAUAUAUAAAGAAAAUUUAUUAAAAGUAUUUAUGCAGAGUAUUUAAAUACCUCUUUCGGCAAAGUGUUUUGUAUUGAUAUUUAAAUACUCAAAAAAGUGCAUUUAUGCCCGUCCCUGCUGUUAAGACUGGCCGCAUGACACUACGAGAGCGCUACCCCGUGGUGGCGCUGCGAGCGUUCUGCGCAUAUCUCCUCUCCCGGUUACUCCACUCGGGAAGCCCCAUUGGCUACGGCGGCGCCCUCCCUCUUCCCUCUCACUGCCUCCUCUCAUGCGCAGAGACGCACUUGCACAGCGUUGUCUCCAACGGUGUAUGUAGACGACGGACUAGAUUUCUUUUCCUUCUUAAGUUGAACACGACUAUAGUCUUCUAUAAGCGUCCGAAACCCACUUUUUACGCUUAUUCGGGUUUUGUAAAACGGAAACCCGCAAAUAUGACUGGAAGGAGAGUUCGUACGACCCUUACCAUUAACAUAGCAUACACUUACACUUGAUACAUAAAGUCUCAUGAUUCGUGCUGGAAAAUCUCACUCUUGGUACAGUGAUAUUUUUCAAAUGGAUCAGAGUGUUUAUACAAUGCGAACUGUAUUUUCCUUUUCCCUUCCCCCUGUUCUGCCCGCGUGCUGGGAAAGCUGCAAUGUGGGAAAUGUGUACGGACAACAACGUUCUGACUUCUGAACAUGCGUAGUGACACACAGCGCUUCGGCUCACACGAAACUAAAACCAACUACCUGAAAAUAUACUCGUAUAGCUCUUAGUUACUCUUGUGUACUGUUCUUUUUUUUCUUCUUCUUUUCUGUGUGAAGAGAGAACUGCGCAUUUUGACGUCAUGUGUAGAGAUCAUGUUCCAAUCGGCAGUCUUUGUAAUAUAGGUGUACUUUAUUAAAACACUUGACAG